UUCAGUCCACCUGCCCCAAGCGCUGCCGCCGGUCAGCGGGGCAACUGUACGGAAUGAAGUUGCGCCGAUUCAUUUUAGAGUUGUAUUUACAUGGAAGAGUAUAAUUAUUUUAGGUUGCUGUCCGUAACAGUAGUAGUUUUGAACGUCGAGUUUCUGAAGUGGACCUUGUCUGUCUGCAAGGUUAACAGCGUCGUUCUAUGACUUUAUAAACUUCACUGUGCAGCCUAAGAAUGGAACGUUCUUCAUCAGCCCAUCGGUUUAGGAACUCCUACAAACGAGCUGAGCUGUCAAACUUAUCCAUCGAUGAUUCCGAGGACGCCGAGCUGGCCUAUACCAUGCGGGACCUGCCCCCACGGGCAGGGGGGCACACGUUCCCCCGCGACGUCCCCAUCAAGGAAGGCAGCAGUCGCCCACACACGCCUGGGACCCCGACUCGUGCCAGCGGCUCCAUAGGCCGGAACUACCUGGAGACAGAGAUGGAGGGCCUGCGGAGGUCCCAGCUGAGCUCCAUGAGCUCCCUGGACUCAACCAUGAGCCCCUCGCGCUCCAAAAGCCCCUGGGGGAGAUAUGACCCCUACGACUCCGCAGAGGACCAAGAUAAGGAAUAUGUAGGUUUCGCUACACUGCCAAAUCAAGUGCAUAGGAAGUCUGUGAAAAAAGGCUUUGCUUUCACGCUGAUGGUGGCAGGAGAGUCAGGACUAGGGAAAUCAACUCUUGUGAACAGCCUCUUCCUCACAGACCUUUACAGAGACAGAAAGCUGCUGAAUUCUGAAGAGAGGAUCAUGCAGACAGUGCAGAUCACCAAGCACACGGUCAGCAUUGAGGAGAAGGGGGUCAAGCUGAGGCUAACCAUCGUAGACACACCUGGCUUUGGAGAUGCUGUCAACAAUACAGAGUGCUGGAAGGCAGUGGAGGACUACAUUGACCAGCAGUUUGAGCAGUACUUCAGGGACGAGAGUGGACUGAACAGGAAGAACAUUCAGGACAACCGUGUGCACUGUUGCCUUUACUUCGUCUCCCCCUACGGCCAUGGUUUGAGGCCACUGGACAUUGAGUUCAUGAGGGCCCUCCAUGGCAAAGUCAACAUCGUACCUGUCCUAGCCAAGGCAGACAGUCUCACUCCAGCUGAAAUCAGGAGGAAAAAGAUGAAGAUCCGAGAAGAGAUCGAGCAGCUUGGGAUCCGUAUCUACCAGUUCCCUGACUGUGACUCAGAUGAGGAUGAGGACUUCAAGCAGCAGGAUCGAGAACUUAAGGAAAGCUUACCAUUUGCAGUGAUAGGCAGCAACAUGCUCUUUGAGAGCAAGGGCCGAAGGUUCAGAGGCCGCAUGUAUCCAUGGGGUGUCGUGGAAGUGGAGAAUCCUGCUCACUCGGAUUUCCUGAAGCUCCGGAACAUGCUGGUGCGCACUCACAUGCAGGACCUGAAGGAUGUGACCCGGGAGACCCACUACGAGAACUACCGGGCCCAGUGCAUCCAGAGCAUGACCCGCAUGGUGGUGAUGGAGCGGAAGCGCAGCCUGUGCAGCAGAAUGAGGGAGAGUGUCUCUGACCUGCCAAUCCCACUGGUGCCAGUGGACAGUGGGACGGAGCGGCUGAUAUGGGAAAAGGACGAAGAGCUGCGGCGGAUGCAGGAGGUUCUUCAGAGGAUCCAGGAACAGAUGCAGCUCGCACACAAAGACGGGUUCUAGACACUCCUUCUUACAUUUAACCCAUCACCAAGUGUCAGCUCACUAACACAGACAUAUGGUAGGGCUAAAGAGACAACUGUUUUGGCAUAGAAGGAAACACCUUUUUGGGACAGAAAUAAAAAUUAGGAGACCCAAACUACUCUCAUUCCUACUUAAACACUAGCUGUGAGAAUCCAUGCACCAUGUGAAAUAAAUGGCAGUUACAACUAGGGCUGCAACAGUUAAUCGCCAGUCAAACAACUUAUUGUCAAUUAGUUGUCAACUAUUGAAUUCACCAACUAUUCAGGUAAUCGCCUAAUUGGGGGAUGAGCAAAUUUAUAAAAAUAAGUACAAAUUCUCAAAUUCCAGCUUCUAAAUCCUGAAUAUUUUCUGGUUUACUCACUGCUCUGGGACGAUAAACUAAAUUUUAAUGGCAUGUGGACAAAAACAAGGCAAGACACUGAAGACACUCUCCCUCUGGCUUUAGCUUGAGUUCUUUGGCCUUAGUAGCCUGGGUAAAUCCAAACGAAUCUGCAAGCACAUUGCAAAUCCACCUGGCAAGUCACUGAAAACCAAUCACAACCACUUAUCUGGCAUGGGGCAUGCUUUAUACAGUGACAGACAGAUCAGUAUGGUUAGGAGCACUGUUGAACACAACCAGUGGCUGCGCUGAUGCCAUCAGUAUUAAAUGCCUUGUAUCAUCUUCUUUGGAAUUGAGUAAGCAACAGCAUUUAAAACCUUCAUUUACAAGAAAGAUGCUUUUGCUGCCCCAGUUUGAGUUUAGAAGUAUAAUACACCAGUUUAAGUUUAAUUUAACUGCUGGGUACACCCCUUGGAAAUUGGAAGUAAAUUAAACAUCCCCAGAACAAUUAUUGUUUGAGCUAGUCUUAUCAACCAAACUACUAAUCGAUUAAUCAAGAAAUACUCUGCAGAUUAAUCAAUUAUGAAAAUAAUUGUUAGUUGCAGCCCUAGUUUGCUUAAGAAGCCAUUUAUCACUCUAGAGAUUCAGAAUAUUAUGGCUAAUCCUGGACCACUUAAAGCCAGUCACAGGGUUUAUACAAAGGGUUUGGUGAGUGUUUAAAUGAUGAAGUCUUCUAAGGACAGUAAUAGUGAUUGCUUCAUGCCAACACAGGGUCUCUAUGCACCUGUCCAUCAAAAGGAAUAGGAAUGAGCUUGUGAACCAGUGCCAGGCUGUGAAAUUGUUGAGUUGGCUUCCUGAAAUAUCUCACCUGUGUGGGACUCAGCCAUGUUUUAUAUUUGUCAGUUGCUGUUUUGGCAGUCAAGAACACACUAAUAUGGUAGUAGAGAGUUUUGUCCAUCUCCAUUUUUAUCAGAGCACACAUAGGAUAAGAAUGGUCGUGUUUAUCUUUUUUUUGUCUUUGAACAUUUUUAUAUAAAGUUAUUGGUAGUGUUUUUAGAUCUCUCUCCACUGUCAGUGUCCUUACAGUUUAAGCCUACAAGAUUGCUUUAGAGGAGAUCAAAUGUUUGAGAUUUUGUAUGAGGAUGAUUUCAGUUUCAGUUGAUUUCCACAAAUGCUAAUUCAAUGUUAACACUUUCAUUAUCAAAUAA